AUGGCGUUCAGGCGGCACUUCUCUCGCGUCGGCUCCGCCGAGCGCUGCACAGAGACCAUCUUCACUGACCACCAACGACAGGUGUGCGACUACGCGCUCGUCUACGCGGAGAAGAAGAACGACGGCGAAGCGCCGUACUCGGUCUCCUUCACCGCGACGCAGAGCGGCGACGUCAUCGUACAGCUGCACCCGCACUCGCAGCUCGAGCGCGCCGGCCGCGGUGCCAGGGGCCGUGCCGAUGCUGGACCCCGUCUCGUUGACAAGAACGCGCUGUCCGCGCGCGGCAGCGGGCCCUCGCGCCAGUCGCGCUCGCCGUCGCCCGACUCUCCGCCCGCCAAGCGGGCCGCCUCCGCUGACUCGUCCGGCUAUGAAACCGAUACGCCGGACGAGGUGCAGCAGGAGGCGGUCCGCAGGGUAUGCGGCGCGCUCGGCAUGAGGGAGCAGUUCGAGGCGGCGAUGGCGGCGGGCGAGCUGCUCGAGAUGCUCGAGAGCUUGCCGCGAGGGGCGGUCGAGGCCUCUGUCCGACAGAUGCGGGGUUACAACCGCACGGGCGAGUGGCCAGAGCCCAUUCUCACCAGCCCUGCCCCGCAGCGCGGCCGCUCGCCAAGCCCCGUCGAUGAGUGGUCAGAUGGUUAG